AAGGCGCAGCCCGUCUCAGUAGACUGUAGCCAGCCGUCGUCCCGCUUGGGGCAGCUCGGCAUGGUCAAAAUGCGCAUUCCAAUUCGUGAGCAAUUGGGUUGUCUGGUCUUGUUGUCGUCUCUCAUCGGUCUGGCUGUGAUUGCGAUUGCAACAUGGAUUACGAACCAUAACUUCGUUCUCAGUAUCAGAGCCACCCGCCUCUCGCUGACAGCAUCGCUCAAGGCCGCCCAAUUAGCCUCCAACCUGCUCGUGAUGCAAACCACCGUUCGCCAAACUGCUUCGCGUCUCGUCAUACAGUCCGCCUUGCAACGCUAUUACAACCAGAACGGUACAUAUAAUCCUGUAACCAACUUUGAUCGUGCCAAAGACGAUUUCAAUGCGGUAUUUACCGGCGAGGGUGAUGCCCGGCUGGCAGUCCAAACGAGAAUGUACCCAAGGAAUACCUCCGAAAUGGUCCUGGUCAAUGUGUCCGCGGAAAGUAUGCAAGGUGUGAGGAUGCCGACCGACGACCCUUCUGGUAAUCCUGUGUUUUUCGGAGAUGUCCCGUACGGCUAUCCCUCGGUUUUGUACCCCAACUUCACCACGUUCGAAAGAUCCGUCACCCUCAACGGCCAAACUCGCAAUCAGAGAUUCGCCUCAUACAAUGGCAGGGAAAUCAACAGCUCUAAUUACCUCCUCAACGGUCCUUUCCAAGUGAACAGUUCGCUCAGUCUAAUAUCCAUCACCAUGCCCAUCAUCAACAACACGUCGAGCAUAGACACCAUGGCAUGGCUGACAGUAGUGUUGGAUGCAGGUCUGAUAACGCGUGUAGUAAAUGCUUUGGAAGGUCUGGAUGAUUCUGGCUUGACUAUGGUGUUUGGACCGGAUAAUCCAACCAAUAAAUUUCCCCACAAUUUUCUGGACUCUGGUGCCGUACCAGAUCAAAAAGUCAACCUGGUGGUCCCUCCUACAGAUCGGUCUGUGGCAAGCAGACAUAAGCAGUUCGGUAUGGAGAAAAACCUCCCAUCUUUCGACUGGAAUACAUUCCCCGCCGUCAAGACAGGAUUCAUAGAUAUGAACACUGGUGACGGCACCUCUGGCAGCGAAAUCUCGACCAAAAACGAGGAAGGCGCCAAGGUGGCUGUUGGGUACGCCGCAAUCAACAAUCAAAUGGUGGAUUGGUUAGUCAUGAUCGAACAAACCCAUAGCGAAGUAUGGGCUCCCAUCAAUCGUUUGCGGAACGUUAUACUGGCUUGCGUUUUCGGUACCAUGGGCGCUAUGAUGAUUCUUGCUUUUCCCGUGGCGCACUAUUCCAGUCGUCCGAUCCGCCGACUGCGAGAUGCUACAAAGAAGUCAGUAUCGCCUCACUUGUUCGAAGACGAUAGCGUGAGCUCGCAACCAGACGGCCAUUCCGACGAUGUGCUCGCUCGAAAAGAAGGCUUCUUCGGGUCCAUCAUACACUACAGACGGAAUCAAAAGGCAAGCAGGGCAGAAAAAAGAGAAGCCGAACGCAGGCGUCAGUUCCGCAUUCCCGCCAAAGUCAAAGACCGCAAACACUUUAUUCAUGACGAACUCACAGACCUCACUAAGACAUUCAAUGAAAUGACGGAUGAGCUUAUGAUGCAAUAUGAAAAGCUCGAGGAGCGUGUGCAGCAGCGAACCGCCGAACUGGAGCAAAGCAAAAAGGCGGCAGAGGCGGCCAACGAAAGCAAAACACUCUUCAUCGCCAACAUUUCUCAUGAACUGAAGACACCGCUGAACGGUAUCCUGGGCAUGUGCGCAGUGUGCAUGUCUGAAGAUGAUCCUAUCAAGUUGAGGAGGAGUUUAGGUAUCAUAUAUAAGAGCGGAGAUCUGCUUCUCAAUCUUCUUACAGACCUUUUGACAUUCAGCAAGAAUCAGGUGGGACAACAUCUGAGUUUGGACGAGAAGGAUUUCAGAUUACGGGAUAUCAGCUCACAGGUCCUUGCCAUUUUCGAGAAGCAGGCCACCGACGGCGGCAUCAACCUUGAAGUCAAAUUCGAGGGUCCUUAUGAUGCAAACCUAGACUCAAAUGGGAGACCGAAUGAGCGCGGCGAUCUCGGCCCGUUUGGGCUGGGUCGCCUCAAGGACAUGGUGCUAUAUGGCGAUCAACACAGAAUACUCCAGGUCGUCAUCAAUCUUGUCUCGAACAGUCUCAAAUUCACACCCAAGGGAGGGCAUGUCACUAUCUCGAUUAGGUGCUUAGGCGCCUCGCAAAUGACAGACAGCAGGAAAAAUUCGUUGCAGUCCAGGCAUAGUUCGUUGAGAGGCUCAAGAGCGAGGGCUCGCGCCUCUGGCUCCGAAAUAGGUUCGAUUUCGGUGGCCACUCAGGACCGAUAUGACACCGCCAAUGUUAUCAAUCCUCUCGAAAAAGGAGUACUUGCGCACAUGGUAGCCCACGAACGGGCAGCGACACCGCCUCCAGGGCGCUGGCUGGCCUUUGAAUUCGAAGUGGAGGACACCGGACCCGGCAUCCCCGCAUCCCUCCAUGAUAAGAUCUUUGAGCCUUUUGUUCAAGGCGAUCUUGGACUGAGCAAAAAGUAUGGAGGUACAGGUCUUGGACUAAGCAUCUGCUCACAGCUGGCUGGACUGAUGAAGGGAAACAUUUCCCUCAAAAGUGAGAUGGGCCAAGGAAGUGUGUUCACUAUGGCUAUACCACUGAAACAUCUCACCAGUCGUGCGGAUAGUACCGCGAGCUCAAGUAAUAUGAAUCUGGCCAACAACAGCGCACGAGCUAGCUUGCAUAUGGAUGAUGCAUCCAUAGUGUCCAAGCCCGACGACGUCCUGCCCGGUCAAUCUGCGCAGUCGACCUCCGUCACUCAAGGAACAAUACAGUCAACAGCACCUGCUGGAGCAGGGCCAGUCGCCUUUGAGACAGACUCGAAGCCCCGCUUGGUUGGUCUGAGCCAACCUUUCUUUGCAUCCACAGCGCCAUUGGAAUCACCAAAUUCGCAAACAGCAGCGAUGAAGCGCGUAGAAGCCGAAGCGGCACAACGAGGCAUCAAAGUACGUGUGCUGGUCGCAGAAGACAACAAGACGAAUCAAGAAGUUGUGUUGCGAAUGUUGAAACUCGAGGACGUAUACGAUGUGACUGUGGCCAAAGACGGGCAGGAGGCGCUGGACAAGGUCAAAGAGAGCAUGGAGAAUCAAACACCAUACAAUCUCAUUUUCAUGGAUGUUCAAAUGCCAAACCUCGAUGGGCUUCAAUCAACAAGACUCAUACGCGAGUCUGGAUUCUCGGCGCCUAUUGUAGCCCUGACAGCCUAUGCAGAAGAAUCCAACAUCAAGGAAUGCUACAACUCCGGCAUGGAUUUCUUCCUCUCGAAACCUAUUCGCAGACCUGCUCUCAAACAUGUUUUAAAGACUUACUGCGCACCUAUACCAGAGGAAGAGGGCGAAACUACUCCGUCACCCGUACCUGGCCCAUCAGCGCGAUCAAACGGUGCCGCGGUUUCACCCACCAGUGCGAGUCCGGAAAACGCAAGCGUGGCUAGGGCGAAGGGAACACAGUCUAAUGAUGAAGCUGUGAGCCCUUUUUCACAACCCGGAGAGCCUUCGACCUAGGUAGCGAAGGCGGACCUGUGCCUUCCUUGGGACGCUCGCGCCCUCCUGCUGAGGAUUGUUGUAAUUCUCCAGCCCUGUGAGAUACCGUUGUCUCGAUCUCUGGACUCAUAUUGUUGCGCUGAGAUUCCCCAGCCCGCCAUCUUCUCAUCGCAUGGGGACACCUUGACCGUGUUCCACAUCUUCUACCUUCUAUCCCCUUGUUUCGGGAUCUUAUUUUUUGUUUUUCUUUCACCAUUAGCAAAGCGUGGCGCUGAUUGGACCGGAUCUUGAAAGCGGGAAAUUUUAAUGUUUGUGUUGUAAAUGGGGGCCUUUUCCUUCUUCUUCUACUACCAGUUCUAUU